AUUGACCUCAGCAUAGCUGUUGAGCUGCCAUGACAUAUGGCAUGAGUAACCGUGUCAUAAGCAUGGCGUUGUGUUGAACAGUUGAACAUAUACAACAAAAGGACAUAGUGAUGUCUCUUCAAUUCUGGCACAAGUUUGUACAGGUUACACGAAACUGAGUUUACAGUUGAACUGAAAUAUGGACCAGUUCCCCAAGUGCAGCAUUUGCAAGCAACAGUUUUGCUACCAAGGACCACCACCCAGACUACUGCCAUGUCUACACGCUGUAUGUGACGUCUGCCAUUCUGAUUCGGAGACAGCAACAUUGGAAUGUUCAUAUUGUCAUAAAGAAUUUGAUAAAGAACACAAGUUCCCAGAGGACAAAGUCAGGGCACGAGAGAUCUUCCAUCUGACUGUCCUUCAUCAACCCUCCCAGUUGCUGUGCACGAACAGACAAGAUGGGGGGCAGGCUGUUGUGUGGUGUAUCCAGUGCGAGGCUUUGUUUUGUGAAAAUUGUCAAGUGGCUCACAGUGAUAUGAAGAUAACAAAAGGUCACAAAAUUCAGACAAUUGACCAAUUGGCAAAAGAUGGGAUCACUGUGGAAGACAAGGAUGCUAUUUGCUCCACACAUCAAAAGCCUGUUGCCUUCUACGAUGCAUCAUGUGGAGUUAUGAUGUGUUUGAAAUGUAAACGUGACGAUCAUGAUGUCCAAGAAAUCGAUGAGGCAUUUGAAUCCAAACAACUUGAACUGAAAAACAAACAUAAUCAACUGUUAAUCCAUCAAGAAUCCUUAAAUGAGUCCAUUCUACAGAUCAACAGCAUUGGAGAGAAGGUGGGUGAGAAAUUCCAUUCCUUGGAAAUGUUGAAGGUUCACACAAUGUCUGAGCUGAAGUCUUUGAUUGACCAGAGAGAGAAGGAACUUGACCUUGACCUGAAGACCUGCGUUGAGCACAUCCGACAAAGCACCAGGGAUAGGCAGCAAGAACUGGAAACAUCCCAGAUCUCCCUGACAACCUCCCUGGACUACAUAGAGAAGGCCUUGACCUUGACCCCUGUAGAGUACCUGGAGCUUCAGGCUACCAUGAUGCGGAGUGUGGACUCCUGUAUGUCUGAGCAUGUGUCUGCCAUGAAGCAGCAGGAGGCAGCAGCAGCUGUGACGUUCUCCACACAGGGUCUCCAGAGUCUCAAGACUGACGUUGCCUCCUUUGGAUGCUUCCUAACGGCGUUGGGCCGGGAGUCUCAGGCCUAUGACCCACAGGACAGCCAAGGUUCAACAAGGUAUGAGUUCUUGCAGAGAGAGAUUGAAGUUCUAAAGAGAAAUAAACAUGAGCUUGAGGAGAGGUUACUGAUGACCGAGAAAAUGAUGAAUGAAAAACUAACAGCUGAGGUGAAAAAGAAAGAUGAUGCGAUGAAACAGCUUCAAGCGGAAAAGGAUUCCACUGCCUCUCUCAGGAAGGAGGUGCAGAAGCAGCAAGCAACGAUAGACACCUUUAAGACAUUGGCAGAGAAAAUAGGUGUGAGGCUGACCAGUGACUUGACCCUGGUCAGCAGCCAGUACACCAGCGAUCGGCCUGUCAGACUCAACUGUGUUCCACUAAAGUUUGAUGUAUUGCGGGCAAACUUCAGUAAGGUUAGCGUCAGUGACAGAUACAUGGUCAACCAACCUGCCAUGAAUCCUCCACACACACACAGGAAGUUAAAUAAUUACAGCGGUACUUGUGGCUCCAUGACCAUUCCUUACAUCUUGUCCUCAGAACCUAUCGCUACAUCUGGGUUCUACCAAGGUCAAGGUCAGCUUGUUCCCUCUCAUGCCCAUGCGACUUGUGACCCAACAGAUCCCUACUACUUUCAAGUAAAUGCUAAAAUAACACAAGAAGCAAUAAUAGAAACAUAUAUAUUUCAAAUUGGAUUUUCUGAGCCAUCUUUAGUUGAUACACAAAAAUAUAUAAGGUAUAGAGACUCUUGUAGAACCAAACAAUAUGGACUGAGCAUGGGCUACUGUUAUACAAAAACCAUAUGCACAAAAUGUUUUCCUACAAUUUGUGUUGAUCGCCCAUUCAGGAAUGAGCCAGGAGUGUCAAUGGUGACGUAUGGAGUGGUUUAUGAUCCAGUCAGAAGCAGAGCGACAUUCAUUGAUGUCAACAAUGAGAAGGUAUUAUGCUCAACUUCCUUUCAGUGUACCCACCUUCUCCCGAUAUUUGGCGCCCAGCAGAGCAAAGAGUUUAGAGUUGAGAUGACCUUGAUGGAGGUGAAGGACAGGGUCAUCGGUGCAAGGUUACGUGAGGUCAUCCAACGAGCGCUCCAAAUGGAAUGAUGUGAAUGAAGUUCUUGAAAGGCAUUUAGAAGUUCAACGGACAUGAAUACAUGACAUGUUUUAUGGAUAACAACGUCUUCUUAUUCUAUAUACGAGAUUUCAGAGCUAAUUCUUGCUCCUACAUCAGGUGAGUGCUGAGUCAGUGCACAGAGUGAAUAUAUAGAGACAAAAUAGGUCUACACAACGCAAGAUGGGAGAAUACACAAUGAAAAAUAUAAUCACGAAGCCAAUUAGAUACUUAGGAUUAAUGUAUAUAGAUAGCAAUGUAAUGUCAAAGCCAAGAGUGGGAGUGGGGGUGUUUAUGUAAAAAGAUAACAUAAUAUGGAGGCAAUUAGAUGUAUAUAUCUGUGCACUAUAUUGUUAUCUGACUCAGCACUCACCUGAUGAAGGAGCAAGAAUUAGAUCUGAAAUGUUGUAUUCAAGAAUAAUAAGAAGUUGUUAUCCA